AUGAUUUUACUAUCAACAAUGAGAAUAUAUCUUCUCUAUUACACGAUAAAUUUCAUGUUCCUAUCCAUUUCUUCGGUUCAAUUUAAUCAACGAUGUACAUUUUCCUUGGGCACUUGCGAGUGGCAUAUUGGUCGACGAUGGCAAGUGAAAAAUCUCGAUGAAGAAACAGAAGAUAAAGUUUUAACCGCUGUUGAUGAAAGUCAUAUCGACAGAGAGAAGGGUUUUACUGAUGUAAUCACAUCGCCAUGGUUAUACUUAACUGGUUCGUGUUCAUUCACUGUUCGAUUGACGUUUCAAUUCAAUAUCGAAAAUGAACACGACCAGAUCGAAGUUUUUCUUAUCAAAACUAAUCAUUCCCAAACAUCCUCACUUGGUCAUUGGAAAGCGUUAACUCAAGAUCAUAUCAAUGCAUCCGAUGAAAUUGAAUCUCUCUGGCGACAGGCUAACCUGACGUUCAAAGCAGCAGACGAAUUUCGCAUUGAAAUCGAAAUUCGACACUUACCGGAAAAUAAAUCUACUUCAACAAUUUGGUUUGCUAUUGAUGAUAUUCUAAUUGAAAACUGUCCUGAUUUUCAAACAACAACAACUAGUACAACUCAAACGUAUCCAACGAUGACUACAACAGUACCAUGGACAACGUAUUCACCUUUCUUUAGCAAUGAUUCCUCAUUACUUCGACGUUCAUUCUUUCGUUUUCGUUGGAAAUUUAAUGAUUCAUCACAGAUUGCUACAUCGGAAGAAUUCUUAUCGCCACGCAUCACAUUUCUUACAUUUAUCCUCUAUAUCUUCUACGCAUUCAUUGCCAUGGCAUUUUCCAUUCUUCUCAUUGCUCUUACGAUCUUCAUCUUUCGCAAAUAUUGUCUUCUUCCAGCACGAAAGAAGCCGUCAUCAUCAUCGUUUCCAAUCAUCGAUCGUCGUUAUCAUUCCAGUAAGAAGCACAUCUAUCCUCAUCUGACUAACUAUCAUAACAGUCACAUUGAUCAAGAUGCUCGAACUGAAAAAACUAUGGUAACAACCAUUCGACCAUGUUACUAA